ACAAAAAACACGACGAGAUUCCGUAUUCAGGCCCUGGGUUUAUAUUAUACAGCAAACAGGGGAUCUGUAUAUACCGGUCGAUUAUAUAACGGCGAAUAGAGUAACAUUUACACAAGCUUCAAUAGACUUUACAAUAAGGAGUGACAAGAAAUCGGACCCCGGCCGUUUGAUCUAUCGCCGAUCUAUCGUUAUUGUUUAAACGGUACUGUUGAAGGUCCGGUGAAAGAAUCCACAUUCAAGAUUCCCAAGGAGGCUAAGUUCAAAAGAAAAAUCGCUGUUAAUUGGCCUUUAAAAUCGAGUGUCUUCAGAAAUGGGGUUGCUGUUCGCCAAACUGAUGACUGUGUUCGGGGAUAGAGAACACAAAGUCAUUAUUGUCGGUUUAGACAACGCUGGCAAGACAACCAUUCUCUACCAGUUUUUAACUAAAGAAGCGGUACAAACUACUCCCACAAUUGGCAGCAACGUAGAGGAGAUUGCUGUAAAGAAGACACGCUUUCUUGUCUGGGACAUUGGCGGCCAGGACAGUCUCAGAGCUACCUGGAAUUCGUAUUACUGUAACACAGAGAUCGUCAUUAUGGUGGUUGACAGCACUGAUCGAGAGCGUUUGACGCUGAAUAAAGAGGAACUGCAUCGCAUGCUUGCACAUGAGGAUCUUCAGGACGCAUCUGUGCUGGUUUUGGCGAAUAAGCAAGACAUGAAAAACAGCAUGACGGCCGCCGAGAUUUCUCAAAGUUUAACGCUCAGCUCGCUCAACGCCCGCUCCUGGCAUGUCCAGGCCUGCUGUGCUCUUACUGGAGAGGGUUUACCGGCGAGUCUAGAUUGGAUGCGCUCCCGCGUUGUGGCAAACUAGUCCAGCAUCUGUGCUUCGAAAACCACUUAAACCGGUGAAAGAGAGAUGAGGCUCACUUAAACUUUUACCCAACUCUCAGUGCCUCCAUCUGGGCAGCAUGCUGCUCGGAGUAAAUACUUAACCCUGGAGGACAUGUAUUAUUCAUCUUCACCUCGGUUCUGACCAGGAUAAAGCUUGAACGCUGUGUGAGCGAGAAUGUGGGUUUGUCCGUGUGCGUGUCCAUUACAUGACUCCGUUCUAGAGGUCCACAUUUUAACAUGACAUGUUUACAUUAUAACUAAGACUUGUGAAAUGAACUUAAAUGAUCUGAUGUGAUCAUGACGCCCAUGUGUUGCUGCCAUUGUAUUAAGCAUUCACUUUUGGCUUUGUAAAGCAAAUGGCUUUACAGACAGCUCCGCUUUACAAGUGGAGUAGUUGUCUACAGACAUUGAUGUGAGGAGGCCGACGGUUCACAGGCCUGUAUUGAUUCGUGCUGAGCCACUAAGCUAUUGACCAAGCAUUACUUGAAGUAUUUAAUGGGAUUUGGUAUGUGUAUGUUGUACAGUUAUUUGCAUGCUGAAAGGAACAAAGUGUUUAUGUAUUUUAUUUUUGAAAGUGGACUGGAUAAAGUAUGUUUUCUUAGAGAAUUUUGUACAACACUGUUUUGUACAAAUUAAAAUCUCUGCUAAAAA